AUGCGAGAGAAGUGGAAAAUAUGUUCCAAAACUUUAAAAGUUAAAUAUGAUGACACUGGAUCGAGAAAAUACGAGUGUCCGUUUAAAUUACGCAGAUAUUGUAGGGUGGAUGAUAAGUGGCAGUUUAAUGUGAUUUUCGGUAUACAUAAUCAUGCGUUAGACACCAAGCUACAAGGUCAUCCAAUUGUAUGCCGACUUAAACCACAUGAGAAGGUAAUUAUUUCAGAAAUGUCGAUAAUCAAAGAUGCACCAAAAAACAUACUUGUCGAUUUGAAACGGAAAAGAUCACAAAGUAUUUUAAAUAUUAGACAGGUAUACAAUGAACGUUAUCAACAGAACAUGGCGAAUAUAGGUCUGAUAUCCGAAAUGCAAUAA